GCUCUGAGAGAGAGAGAGAGAGAGAGAGGGAGAGGGGGAUCGGUUAGGGAUCGGCUGACCGUCCGUGCUUUCUGUUUCCGUUUGUUCGUCCAUUCGACGAUCUCUCAUCCCGGCCUUCGAUUGGGAGAGGCAGCCUCGCGGGUGGAGUCUCCAGAAGGGGUAGAUCGUUCGUGAUUGCGUCGGCUGGUUGGUGGGAGAGGAGGAGCGUUCUGAGGAUAAAUUUGCUCGAUCCCCCGGCACGGCAGAGUCCUCGAAUCUGCUCUUUCUUCUGUUAUAGCUUGCUAUAUAGUAGAUCUGUUUCCUCUCGGCUGAAUCCAUCCAGUUGAAGCUUUCUAAGGCCUGGCAAACCCUCAGUCUUUUCUUUCUUGAAAUCUCGAGGGAGAAGUCGUACAUCCCCCCUUUCCUUUGUUAGCUAGAGUUCGUCAUCUAUGGCGGCGGUCCCAGGUUCGGCCAUCAAACUCCAGAAUCAGUCGGUCGCUCUCCCUUCCGUUGUCAACCAUAAGCGGAACGUCUGCCGCGGAGGUAGGGCUGCGCGAUUCGCUGCCUACAGGCGAGCUCAGGCGGUGUCUUUGGAGAGCCAGUUUCUUGGUGCAAAGCUUCGAGCUUCUGAACGUGUUCAGCGUUGGCGGAUCGAUGGCCCGGGACGUUCCCCCAAGCUGAGGGUUGUCUCUCCAUCUAUGGCCCUGUCUCAGGUGCCGGAGAAGCCCCUUGGUCUCUAUGAUCCAUCCUUCGAUAAAGAUUCUUGCGGUGUUGGCUUUAUCGCUGAACUCUCGGGCGAGUAUAGCCGGAAAACGGUUGCUGAUUCCUUGGAGAUGCUGGUGAGAAUGGCUCAUCGUGGUGCGUGUGGCUGUGAGACCAACACAGGCGAUGGCGCUGGCAUCCUCGUAGCACUCCCUCACGGCUUCUUCAAGGAGGUUACCGAGGAUAUUGGGAUUCAACUGCCACCACCCGGUCAAUAUGCAGUUGGCAUGUUUUUCUUGCCAACGGAUGACAGUCGAAGGAAGGAAAGCAAAAUUGUUUUCACUAAGGUUGCAGAAUCUUUGGGACAUGUGGUUCUUGGUUGGCGCCCGGUACCAACAGAUAACCGAGAUCUGGGUGAGUCAGCUCGACAAACAGAGCCACUCAUCGAACAAGUUUUCCUUACACCAAGUCCACGGUCAAGUGCUGAUUUUGAGCAACAGAUGUAUAUACUACGGAGGGUUUCAAUGGUAGCUAUCCGAGCUGCCCUGAAUCUGCAGCAUGGUGGAGCUAGGGACUUCUAUAUAUGCUCACUAUCUUCCAGGACUGUGGUUUAUAAAGGCCAGUUGAAACCUGUUCAGUUGAAGGACUACUACUAUGCAGAUCUCGGUGAUGAAAGGUUUACAAGUUACAUGGCCCUGGUCCACUCACGAUUCUCCACAAACACCUUUCCUAGCUGGGAUCGUGCACAACCUAUGCGUGUUUUGGGUCAUAAUGGAGAAAUCAACACAUUGCGAGGAAAUGUGAAUUGGAUGAAGGCACGAGAAGGCCUUUUAAAGUGCAAGGAACUAGGCUUAUCAAAGAAUGAAAUGAAGAAACUUCUUCCGAUUGUGGAUGCUAGCUCAUCGGAUUCAGGGGCAUUUGAUGGCGUUCUUGAACUUUUGGUCCGUGCUGGUAGAAGUCUCCCUGAAGCUGUUAUGAUGAUGAUUCCUGAGGCAUGGCAGAAUGACAAGAACAUGGACCCUGAUAGAAAGGCUUUGUAUGAAUAUUUCUCAGCCCUCAUGGAGCCCUGGGAUGGACCUGCUCUAAUAUCUUUUACAGAUGGUCGCUAUCUUGGAGCAACUUUAGAUCGUAAUGGGCUGAGACCUGGACGGUUUUACAUCACACAUAGUGGACGUGUUAUCAUGGCUAGUGAAGUAGGUGUUGUAGACAUUCCUCCUGCAGAUGUGUUGAGGAAAGGAAGGCUUAACCCUGGGAUGAUGUUGUUAGUGGAUUUUGAAAAUCGUACUGUUGUUGAUGAUGAAGCAUUGAAGAAGCAGUACUCACAAGCUAGGCCAUACAGGGAAUGGCUUAAGAGGCAGAAGAUUUGUCUUGAUGACAUUGUCAAUUCUAUUCCUAAAAGUGACAUGAUUCCUCCAAACAUAUUUGGAACUGUACCAUCCCAGAAUCAUGAUGAGGACAUGGAAAAUAUGGGGAUUCGUGGUCUUCUGGCACCACUCAAGGCUUUUGGCUACACUGUUGAAGCUUUGGAUAUGCUGUUGUUGCCUAUGGCAAAAGAUGCCACUGAAGCUCUAGGUUCAAUGGGAAAUGAUGCUCCCUUGGCUGUAAUGUCAAACAGAGAGAAACUUUCAUUUGAGUACUUCAAGCAGAUGUUUGCUCAAGUUACAAAUCCACCAAUUGAUCCAAUUCGGGAGAAAAUAGUUACAUCUAUGGAGUGCAUGGUUGGUCCAGAAGGCGAUCUUACUGAAACCACUGAAGAGCAGUGCCAUCGUCUCUCGUUGAAGGGGCCUCUUUUAUCCAUUGAUGAAAUGGAAUCUAUAAAAAUGAUGAACUACAGAGGUUGGCGCAGCAAAGUGCUUGACAUCACGUAUCCAAAAAAACAUGGUCGAAAGGGUUUAGAGGAAACCUUGAAUAGGAUUUGCUUGGAAGCUCGUGCCGCAAUCCGUGAGGGGUAUACGACCCUUGUACUGUCUGACAGAGGCUUUUCGUCUGAGCGUGUUGCUGUAAGUUCCCUCUUGGCAGUUGGUGCUGUUCAUCAACAUCUAGUGUCAACGCUUGAAAGGACACGCAUAGGGUUGCUGGUGGAAUCUGCUGAGCCUCGUGAAGUACAUCAUUUUUGUACCCUUGUUGGAUUUGGUGCAGAUGCCAUCUGCCCGUAUUUGGCCAUGGAAGCAAUUUGGCGGUUGCAGAUUGAUGGAAAGAUCCCUCCUAGAGUCGAUGGUGAGUUUCAUUCUCGAGAAGAUCUUGUCAAGAGGUACUUCAAAGCGAGCAACUAUGGAAUGAUGAAAGUUCUCGCUAAAAUGGGGAUAUCCACUCUUGCAUCUUACAAGGGUGCACAGAUUUUUGAAGCUCUAGGUCUUUCUUCCGAGGUGAUCGAGAAAUGCUUCAAAGGAACCCCAAGUAGAGUUGAAGGUGCAACAUUUGAAAUGCUUGCCGGGGAUGCCCUUUGUCUUCAUGAAUUGGCAUUUCCAACCAGAGCUUUACCACUGGGAAGUGCAGAAGCAUUGGCAUUGCCUAAUCCUGGGGAUUACCACUGGAGAAAGGGAGGUGAAGUGCACCUUAAUGAUCCCCUUGCAAUUGCCAAGUUACAAGAGGCAGCCAGAGCUAAUAGUGUUGCAGCAUACAAAGAAUACUCUAGGCGUAUACAGGAGCUGAACAAGACAUGCAACUUGCGUGGUAUACUGAAGUUUAAGGACGUCGCUGAGAAGGUUCCCUUGGAUGAAGUAGAGUCUGCCAGUGAGAUUGUCAAGCGUUUCUGCACGGGGGCAAUGAGUUAUGGUUCAAUCUCGUUAGAAGCACAUUCUACCCUAGCAAUUGCAAUGAAUAAAAUUGGAGGCAAAUCUAAUACGGGUGAGGGAGGUGAGCAACCUGCUCGUAUGGAACCCCUGUCAGAUGGUUCAAGGAAUCCAAAGCGGAGUGCGAUUAAACAAGUGGCAAGUGGUAGGUUUGGAGUGACAAGCUACUACCUCACAAACGCAGAUGAGCUCCAGAUAAAGAUGGCUCAGGGUGCUAAGCCAGGUGAAGGAGGCGAACUUCCAGGUCAUAAAGUUAUUGGUGAUAUUGCAGUCACUAGAAAUUCCACUGCCGGUGUGGGUCUUAUUAGUCCUCCUCCUCACCAUGAUAUAUAUUCAAUUGAGGACCUUGCACAACUUAUUCAUGACCUUAAGAACUCGAACCCAGGUGCUCGAAUCAGUGUUAAACUAGUCUCUGAGGCUGGCGUUGGGGUAAUUGCUAGUGGAGUUGUAAAAGGACAUGCAGACCAUGUUUUGAUAUCUGGCCAUGAUGGAGGUACUGGUGCCUCUCGUUGGACUGGCAUUAAAAAUGCAGGGCUUCCCUGGGAGCUAGGUUUGGCAGAGACACAUCAAACUCUAGUUGCAAAUGACCUCCGUGGCCGAACAGUCCUGCAAACUGAUGGCCAGUUAAAAACAGGACGAGAUGUUGCAAUUGCUGCUCUACUUGGUGCAGAAGAGUUUGGUUUCAGCACUGCACCUUUAAUUACUCUUGGUUGCAUUAUGAUGAGGAAGUGUCACAAAAAUACUUGCCCAGUUGGCAUUGCCACUCAAGAUCCUGUACUUCGUGAAAAAUUUGCUGGAGAGCCUGAACACGUUAUAAACUUUUUCUUUAUGCUGGCAGAGGAAGUUCGUGAGAUUAUGUCACAGCUGGGCUUUCGAACAAUUAAUGAGAUGGUUGGUCGUGCAGACAUGCUUGAAAUUGACAAGGAAGUGGCCAAGAGUAAUGAAAAAUUGGGAAAUAUUGAUCUGUCAUUGCUGCUUAGACCUGCAGCUGAUAUUCGUCCAGGAGUUGCCCAAUAUUGCAUUCAGAAACAGGAUCAUGGUCUCGAGAUGGCAUUGGAUCAGGAUCUCAUCACUUCAUCAAAAGCUGCUCUUGAAAAAGGCUUACCUGUUUAUGUUGAGACACCAAUCCGCAAUGUAAAUCGUGCAGUCGGUACCAUGCUUAGUCACGAGGUCACUAAACAAUAUCAAUUGAAAGGCUUGCCUUCAGAUACCAUCCAUAUUAAGCUAGUUGGAAGUGCUGGUCAGAGCCUAGGGGCUUUUCUCUGCCCAGGAAUCACCCUUGAGCUUGAGGGUGACAGCAAUGACUAUGUUGGGAAAGGAUUAUCUGGUGGCAAAAUUGUCGUUUAUCCUCCAAGAGAGAGCCAAUUUGACCCAAGUGAAAACAUUGUUGUUGGCAAUGUUGCACUAUAUGGAGCUACAAGUGGGGAGGCAUAUUUUAACGGAAUGGCAGCAGAGAGAUUCUGUGUCCGAAACUCAGGUGCAAGAGCAGUUGUUGAAGGUGUUGGUGAUCAUGGAUGUGAGUACAUGACUGGUGGUACAGUUGUUAUUCUUGGCAAAACUGGAAGAAAUUUUGCUGCUGGUAUGAGUGGUGGAAUUGCAUAUGUUUUUGAUGUGGAUGGGAUGUUUCACACAAGAUGCAAUCCUGAAUUGGUUGAUCUUGAAAAGAUUGAAGAUGGAGAAGAUAUCACAACCUUGAGAAUGAUGAUACAACAACAUCAGCGCCAUACCAGCAGUGUGUUGGCAAGAGAAGUCCUCUCCAACUUUGACUCUCUGCUGCCUAAGUUUGUUAAAGUAUUUCCAAGAGAUUAUAAAAGAAUUGUUCAGAACUUGAAGAUAGAACAAGCAGCCAAAGAAUCUGAGGAGCAAGAAGAAAAGGAGCUGAUGGAGAAGGAUGCAUUUGAAGAACUCAAGAAAAUGGCAGCAGCAUCUUUGAACGGGAAGAAAGCGGAAGGUUUGGCUGCAGCAAAAAGGCCAACACAGGUUGAUAAUGCUGUCAAGCAUCGAGGUUUUAUUGCUUACGAGCGGCAGGGUAUCUCAUACAGGGACCCUAAUGAUAGAAUCAAAGAUUGGAAAGAAGUUGCCACAGAAUCAAAACCUGGGCCACUAAUGAAAACCCAAUCUGCUCGCUGCAUGGACUGUGGAACUCCCUUUUGUCAUCAGGAGAACUCUGGUUGCCCUCUUGGAAAUAAGAUACCAGAAUUUAAUGAACUGGUCCAUCAAAAUAGGUGGCGAGAAGCCUUAGAUAGGCUUUUGGAGACAAAUAACUUCCCAGAAUUUACUGGUCGAGUUUGCCCUGCUCCUUGUGAAGGAUCAUGUGUUCUUGGCAUCAUUGAGAAUCCUGUAUCUAUUAAAAGCAUAGAGUGUGCCAUCAUAGACAAGGCAUUUGAAGAAGGAUGGAUGGUACCUCGUCCUCCACAAAAGAGAACAGGGAAGAGAGUUGCCAUUGUUGGUAGUGGUCCAGCCGGUCUUGCUGCAGCUGAUCAGCUAAAUAAAAUGGGUCACCUGGUCACUGUUUACGAACGUGCUGAUCGCAUCGGUGGUCUAAUGAUGUAUGGAGUUCCAAACAUGAAGGCUGACAAGGUUGAUGUUGUUCAACGCCGUGUAGACCUGAUGACUAGGGAAGGCGUUAACUUUAUGGUGAAUGCUAAUGUUGGAGUUGACCCCAUGUACUCCCUCAACCAUCUCCGUGCUGAGAAUGAUGCCAUCGUGUUGGCUUGUGGAGCUACAAAGCCAAGGGAUCUUCCUGUUCCUGGAAGAGAACUAUCUGGAGUUCACUUUGCUAUGGAGUUUCUCCAUGCAAACACCAAAAGCUUGCUUGAUAGCAAUCUGCAGGAUGGUAAAUACUUGUCUGCUAAGGGGAAGAAGGUGGUUGUGAUAGGUGGUGGAGACACAGGAACAGAUUGUAUUGCAACAUCUAUCCGACAUGGCUGCACCAACAUGAUCAAUCUAGAACUCCUUCCAGAGCCACCUCAAAAACGAGCACCAGGCAAUCCAUGGCCACAGUGGCCUCGCAUUUUUCGAGUAGAUUAUGGUCAUCAAGAAGCAUCAGCCAAGUUCGGAAAAGACCCACGAUCCUAUGAGGUCCUGACUAAACGAUUCGUGGGAGACGAAAGUGGAGUUGUCAAAGGCCUUGAGGUGGUCCGUGUACAUUGGGCAAAGGAUAGUGGUGGCAAAUUUCAGUUUGAGGAAAUCAAGGGUUCGGAGGAGAUUAUAGAGGCUGACCUGGUUCUUUUAGCCAUGGGUUUCCUUGGUCCAGAGUUGACGAUUGCUGAUCAGCUGGGCUUGGAGCGGGACAACAGGUCGAACUUCAAGGCAGAGUACGGGCAUUUCUCGACCAGCGUAGAUGGGGUGUUUGCUGCAGGAGACUGUCGACGAGGCCAGUCGCUUGUCGUUUGGGCCAUUAACGAGGGCCGUCAAGCUGCCUCCCAGGUGGACAAGUAUCUGAUGAAAGAUGUGAAUACUUGUAGCAAGGAGAACCCUGUCUCCAGUGAAGAUUUAGUCCACAGAGUGACGGCCUAGAUUUGUGGUCGGUCAGUCCGUCUGUCCGUCCGUCCGAUCGACACCAUGCUUGGGAGAAAAGCAUCUCUGGCUACCAAUGUAGUCACUCUGUCAAAACAAAGUAAAGUAGGUGGUCUUAUAUAUGUUCAGGGUGCUAAUUUUGAAGGGUUUUUUUUUUUCAUGUGUUGCAGUCAGCAUUCUAGGGUUGUGGCCUUCGCGUUUUUCUUUUUCUCUUGGUUUUUGUCCAGAAGCUGUAUUUGCUGCGAUGAUGAAUAAUAAUGUACAGUUCCUUUUUCUUUUGGAAACAAUAGACAGAGGAAUUGGAAUCUACGAAUUUGCUUUCUACGACUUAAUAUA